CCGUGCGAGCCUAGCUGAGUGGAUACGCUGGAAUUUCUCGUAUUGUUGGGGUGGUACCGGACGGUACAAACAGUUGUCCGUCAACCGUUUGCCCCCUAAUCUAUGUCGCAAUGCCUUUUUUUAGGUGACAGUUCUUGGUGGGGAAGGAUAGGGGAAAAUGGUGGUUGAGCGUGACGAAAGGUGGGUUCCCGAGUUCUCCCCAAACCCUAGGCGUGUAGGCGGGCCGUCCUCUUCUGCUCCAACCGGAAGGUCCGGUGGGGGAGGAUCUGUGACUCCAUCGUCUCCCAAAUCGAGUGAUGAUGAAGCAUCCUCUGCAUCCAACAUCACCAACAGAUGUUCACCAAUGGCUGUCUUCAACUUGGUUUCCAAGCUCAGUGAGUUCAAAAAAGAAAUUAUUAGGGAAAUUGGGUUUGGCGGGAUCCUGGACAUACCGUGCAUUAGCAAGCUUAACCUCAAACUCUUAGCGUGGUUGCUUAGUAAGAUGGACUGUGAGGAAAGUUGCUUGAUUUUUGGGCCAUCUAGACGCAUCUAUGUACACGAGGCCGAUGUUGGGAUUGUUCUUGGAGUUCCGAGUGGGGUUAUUGAUGUAUCCACCCUUUCUGUUACUGAUGAACAACUAGAGUUGCUGCGUUCUAGCAUAGGGUUAGUGGGUUCCGAUCCUAGAAGUAUCAAGGGCAUUGAGUAUGUUCUUCAGAAGCACCUCGAUGAUCAAUCGUCUAGCCAGGAAAUAGAUAGUUUCAAAGUUGCUUUUGUUGUGUUUGCUAUCAGCCAUCUUCUUGCACCUUGUGUAAAGCAUGAUCAAGUCAAUUUGGAUUUCUGGGGUGCGUUGAAGAAUCCUGCUGCAUUAGACAGGUGUAACUGGUGCCGAUAUGUGUAUGGACAUGUCCUUGAUGCCGCACAGAAAGUCUGUGGUGAGAUGAUCAGCAAGGGGCGAGCUACAUCAUUGUCUGGUUGCCAUUACUUCCUGCAGAUUCUGUUCUUGGACAAUGUUGAUCUAAGCAGGCUCAAUAAGCCUCAUAAGACUAUCCCCCGGCUGAAAGUAUUUGACCAAGAAUCCCUUAGGUUGAUGGCAGUUAUGUGUGCUAGUAGAGGAGAGCAUGAUUUUGAGCAUUUCAUCGGUAUACGUUCUGCUGAAUCGUCUGUUUAUCUGAGGCAUACUUAUCAGUCUCCUCACAUCGUAUCUCCUGUCCAGCCACCUCAAGGGCGUGCAAUGGUACCAAAUAUUCGAAUGAAUCAGCAGAUCAGCAUUGGCGUAGAUCAUCCUGUGAGCGUUGAUUCUUUUUCGUUCAAAAGCCCAACAGAUUUUUCUUCGUACUUACAACAACAUCCAGGACUUGUAUGUUUUUUUGCGUAUAUAUGAUCGUAGUAUAUGCCGUCAUAUAGUAGUUGUAUGAUGUGAUAUAAUGUUUUAAUUAUAUUUUUAGGAGAAAUCAUAUUUUAUCGACUAUAUUAAGAACCAUAAUGCAUUUAUGAUGAGGGAGCUUUUUAACCUGCGGUCUUCUAUUAUGAGGAGCAAUGCACAUCUUGUUGAUUGGUUAGUUGAUCAGUGUGGACCAACCCAAGUGCAACUGAUGCAUAAGAAGCCUGGACCAGUAGCACAUGUGAAACCUGAUGCCUGUUUAAGCACUAUGUCUUCUCAGAGAGCUCGAGGUGUUGCUCCUAAAUUUUGUGCCCUUCCUACCAAGAGAUCUAUCAGCGUAUCCGAUGCAGAGAGCACACCUGUCAAAAAAUUGAAAUCAGCUUCAGAUGUUGGUGUCGAUCCUCCAUCGUUUGACCUUGGAAUAGAGGCUUCACCUGCUGGUACUAACGAGGUCACUCCGAAGGAUAAAAUCUUUGCUGUAGAACGAAUAAUCUCUCCAAACCAGCAAGCUCCUUCCAAGCCGCAAUCAAGCCGUCGAUCAAGUGGUGUUGCAGAAAUGUCACCUUAUGAUGCCAGCAGGCAUCUUGCACAAUGCAUUAUCCUAGACAUUGUACAUGUGAUUGAGGGAUCAAUUGACCCUACUGACAAGGUGCUGUACGGGCAGUGGAUAACUCAGCCGUAUGUUAAGCUUGCUGCUCCAGCUACAACUUCGCCGUCUGUUGACUGGGGCUCAGACCUGCUACCAGCUAUGCCUGAUCCGGAUGUUGUUGGCGCCAUUAUUGAAUGCUGCAACGAAUUAUCUGAAACACCUGUUCGACGUGAAUGGGUUGUCCAUGAUAUGCCACGCUACCUGGUGCUAACUGGAGCUGAGCUUAUUAAUUCAUAUGUACAAGGAAAGGGUUUUGACUCAGAUAGUAUUGAUGUUGCAUUUCGUCGUUUCCGUCAGCUCGAUCCCACUAUACAAACCGAUGGGUUACGUGUCCGCUGGCGACACUUUAUUGAAUCUGACUUCGCGAUGAAUUCACUUGCUGGAUAUGGGCCCGAACGCAUUAUUACUGUUUUCAAUCAGUUUACUAAUGUUGACUACUGCAUUCCUACAUGCAAGCUUAUAGUGGUCCCUGUGCUUGUUGAUCAUGUGUGGUGUGCUUAUAUGUUUGAUAUGCAACGCUCAGUGCUCCAUGUCCUUGAUCCUGCCUUUGGUGUCGACCGUACGUUGACACACAAAGAGAUCCACAUCACGUUACAUGUUGCCUUCCAGAAAUGCUUGGAAUCAUUUUACGAAGGAUGGUCGAUUCAGCCUUUUGAAAAUUGGAAAUUGCAGUACCCAAUCCUUUUUGCAGCAGAUAUAAGCAGGCACGCUUAAGCACUAUUUUGUUGCAACAUACCUUUCCUCCACGUUUUUAUCUUUAUAAUGCACCAUGCCAUUACAUAUUUGUUGUAAUAUGCAGUGAUGAUUUUGGCAUUGUGAUGUUACAUUCUGCUCGCUGUUUCGAUGGAGUUCAGAUGCAUAUGCCAGUACAAAAGGACAACAUUGAUUCUAUCCGGCACUCCAUAUUUGUUGAUAUACUAAUGAUGGAACAGAACAAAGCCUGCUUGCCUAAGUCGUUGUCGAACUGCCUCCCCAAGUGAUGCUUCGAUUUUAUCUCAGCUCUUGUUUCCCCUAAAUGGUGUCUUUUGCCCCCAGAUUUGUCUAUAAAUAUAUUUCUAGGGUGUAUGCUUUCUGGGGGGUAGGGGUGGAUGCAGGUGGGAAGGAGUACUGAACGCUUGAGCAGUUUGUUUGUUUUGGACGUCAUAUAUGUUAUGGCCUGUUAUCUC